ACGAUAAUUUUACUGUAUUUUAUUUUCUUACACAUCACUUUUCUCUUCAUUCUAGAAUUAAAAGUGAACAAUUACUGGUCAUUAUUGCACAAGUUAUAAAAAUCUAUAAAGAAUAGCACAAGUAAAGAACUUUGUCCAGCCAGUUUUAAUCUCCCCCAUCUUUUAUCCAACAAGUUUUACAAAAUAAAUAAAUAAAAGUAGGUAACAUUCAAUUCAAGUCACAACUCACAAUUCACAAUCAAAAAAACAAAUCCUUAUACCAUAAAUAAAAACAUAUAUCAAAACGAGAGGUGUAGGUGUUUCCAUUCUAUAUCACACAUUUCUUGUUUGUUUUGUCUCUCCCUCUCUCUCUCUCACUUUCUGAGCUACUCUUUCAUCAUCAAAAUGGUUUACAAAAGUGCAAAAAAUCUAUCAUCACUCUUCUCUUCCUUGAUUUUCCUAGUCCUUAUGUUUGGUCUUGUAACCUCAGAUGUGAACCAAGACAAAGCAGAAUGCACAGACAAACUCAUAGGUUUGGCCAAUUGUCUUCCUUUUGUAAGUGGUCAGUCCAAAACACCAACCAUAGAUUGUUGCACUGGUGUUAAGGAUGUUGUUAAUAAGAGUAAAAGAUGUUUGUGUAUUCUUAUUAAGGAUCAUGAUGACCCUAACCUUGGUUUUAGUAUUAAUGUCACACUUGCUCUUAAGUUACCAGCUGAUUGUAAGUCACCUACUAAUGUAACUCAGUGUAUUGAUCUUUUGCAUUUGUCACCUAAAUCUCAUGAGGCUAAGAUAUUUGAGGACUUUGAGGAAACUCUGGAGAAAAAUAGUACUACCCCAGUUCCUUCAGCCAGUAAUGCCACUGGAAAAGGAACAAAUACAGGAGUAGGUCAAGUCAAGAGUGGUAGCAAAGAGGGAAAGGUGCUUUAUGGAGUUUCACUAUUUGUUUUAGCCUCCUACUUCUUCAUAAUUUGAAAUAUGAUUAUUCAUAUCAAGAUGUGAACAUUUUAAUAAAAGAAUAUAUUGAUAUAUAUAGGUCAAUAUUAUCAUUUGAGAACUAUAGAUUGAAGAUAAUGUAUUGUCUGUUUUUUCUUUAAA